CACUCCAACCCAGUUCUCCGAUUAAAAUCGGCGAUUAAUUAUUACAUCUACAUCUUCCGCACUUUCUGAAAAUUCAACCUAAAUGCAUUUCAAAUAAAUCAAAAUAAUCUCAGAUGCAUUCCAAUUUUUGUCUUCAUCCAAUCCCCAACUCCCAUUUCAUCUCUCCCCUUCUCCUCUCCGCCGCCAUCUUUCUUCUCCAAAAUUAACUCUUCCCUUCCUCUUCCGGCCACCGUCCGCCGGAUUAGAUUCCAUUUUUCUCAACCACCCAUCAACUGUAUGGAAUGACGGACUAUAGAUUACCCCCCACCAUGAAUCUCUGGGCGGAUGAGAACGCUUCCAUGAUGGAUGUUUUCAUCAACACCGAUCUGAGUUCUUUCUGGGUUACACCGCCGCAGUCACAGCAACUCCCUCAGCCCUCUUAUUCCACGCCCACUGACCCUAGUAAGGCCGUUGGUCAAACACCACCGCCGCCGCCCCCGUCGUCCAUGUCGGUUUUUAACCAAGAGACUCUUAUGCAGCGUCUUCAAACAUUGAUUGAAGGUGCUCAAGAGAACUGGACCUAUGCUAUUUUCUGGCAGUCUUCGUAUGAUUAUUCCGGCGGUACUGUGUUGGGGUGGGGAGAUGGGUAUUAUAAAGGUGAGGAAGAUAAAGGGAAAGAGAAAGCUAAAUCCAGUAGUUCGAUAGCAGAGCAAGAGCAUCGGAAGAAGGUACUUCGUGAGCUUAACUCUCUCAUUUCUGGUUCUCCUACCUCUGAAGCUGAUGCCGUUGAUGAGGUUGUUACCGACACCGAGUGGUUUUACUUGGUCUCGAUGACUCAAUCAUUUAUCUCCGGUGUUGGAUUGCCGGGGCAGGCGUUUUUCGAUUCCAAUCCUAUUUGGGUUGCGGGUUCGGAUCGACUUGCGAGCUCUUUCUGUGAACGAGCUCGUCAGGGUCAGGUUUUCGGGUUACAGACUAUGGUUUGUAUACCGUCGGCGAAUGGAGUUGUUGAAUUGGGUUCGAGUGAUUUGAUUUUACAGAGCUCCGAUCUGAUGAAUAAGGUUAGGGUUUUGUUUAAUUUCAACAAUCUGGAAGUGGAAACUUGGCCAAUUAGUGGUGUUGACCAAGGGGAGAAUGAUCCUUCUUCGCUUUGGAUUAGUGAACCAUCUUCAAACGCCAUUGAAAUUGCGAAUCCUGUUCCUUCUGCUUCAGCUCCAACUCCAAGCACAACAAACAGCCAACCCAUUUCCAAAAUUACAACAGAGACGAUCGAGAAUCCCAAUAAAUCUAGUGUUGUAGUUGAAACUCCAAGUUCUUCUGUUCCUCCUCCUUCUCAGAAAACUCAUCGACAGUCUCAGCCGACUCAAACACAGAGCUUCUUCACCAACAGGGAAUUGAAUUUCUCUGAAUUUGGGUAUGAGAAUGGUCGAUUGAAGGAAGGGAAUUCCACUUCGUUGAAGCCGGAAUCCGGUGAGAUUCUGAAUUUUGGGGAGAGUAAGAGGAGUAGUUCUUAUCCCAACACAGAUAACAACUUACCUUCAGGGAAUUCCUUAUUUGGAGGGGAUGAGAAUAAGAAGAAGAGAUCCCCAACUUCACGUGGGAGUAACGAAGAAGGGAUGCUUUCUUUUACUUCUGUUGUGAUUCUUCCUUCCUCUGGAGGUGUGAAAUCAGGUGUUUGCGCUGGCGAUUCCGAUCACUCCGAUCUUGAAGCUUCCGUAAUUCGUGAGGCGGAGAGUAGUAGAGUGGUGGAGCCGGAGAAGCGGCCUCGAAAAAGAGGGCGAAAGCCAGCAAAUGGUAGAGAAGAACCAUUGAAUCAUGUUGAAGCAGAGAGGCAAAGGAGAGAAAAGCUUAACCAAAGAUUCUAUGCUCUUCGAGCUGUUGUUCCAAAUGUAUCCAAAAUGGAUAAAGCUUCACUCCUUGGUGAUGCUAUCUCUUACAUCAAUGAACUUAGAGGGAAGCUUCAAACUGCUGAAUCAGAUAAGGAAGAUCUACAGAAGCAAUUGGAUUCAGUGAAGAAGAUGAUGAUGUCCUCUUCUAGUAAAGAUUCAUGCAUGUCAAGCUCAAAUCAACCCCCACCAGAUCAAGACAUAAAAUCAUCAAACAUAAACCAUAAUGAUAUCGAAACCGAUAUCGAUGUAAAGAUCAUCAGUUGGGAUGCAAUGAUCCGAAUCCAAUCUAGUAAGAAAAACCAUCCUGCUGCACGGUUGAUGGCAGCUCUUGAGGAACUUGACUUGGAUAUAAACCACGCGAGCAUCUCGGUUGUCAAUGAUCUCAUGAUCCAACAGGCAACCGUGAAGAUGGGGAGUCGGCUAUACACUCAAGAGCAGUUAAGGAUAGCAUUAUUGUCGAAAAUAGGCGCAAGUACUCGGUAGCCAUUGUUAUCGCCUUCACUAUGGUUUAUUAUCUGAAGUAGCAGCAUAGCAUUGGUUUUAGAAGAGCUCCAGUGGCCGAUGUGUAGGGAGCCGAAGAAGGAAUAUGCGCCAUAUGCAAACGGCAUAUUAGCUGUGUAGUAUACUGUUCUCUUCUCUACUUGUUCUUUAGGUAGUGGUGUUUUAGUAUUUAAGUGAUUCUGAGAUGAUUCACAUGGAGGAGUUUGAAAGUUAGGAAUGGCCAUGGGAGAGGAAAGAAGAAGAUAGUGAUGGUGAUGGUGAUGGUGAUGAUGGCUUGGCUCCAAUUCAUGUGAAUAGUUAAAAGAAGAAACUUUCUAAUUACUGUAUAUAUACAAAGCCAUAAAUGUGAACCUACUGCAUUUGGUCAGUGAAAAUAUGUUUGUAGCAGUGUAUGUUGUUCCAAUGUAAAACUCUAUCCAGAAUUUUCUCAUGCUGGAUUGAAGAACAUAAGUGAUUCAAAUAGAAGAAACACUCUCCUGCUUAAUUCAUCAUGUUAAUACUGAAUUUAGGUA